UGGCGGAUGUGUUUGGCGCUCGUGGAGUCUCGAGUCUCUCAGAGUGAUGAACGGAUACAGAGAGAAAAGGGUAAAGAGUUCCCGAAGCGGAAACAGUGAGGCAAAUGGAAUAGAUAUGAAAUAAAAAGCCCCGGUAAAUUAACACACACACACACCGAGGAGCAGUAAGAAAAUAUAUAGACUCAAAAAAAGAAAGGAAAAAGCCGGACGAGAAGAAAGCGUCAUUUUCUCUCUCUGCGUGUGUGUGAGAGAGAGAGCGCAAUUAGCCGGUGUCCGCAGAAGCGCGGAUGGUGAAUGCUGCCCCCCCCUACCCCAUCCCCUACUCAUCUGCAAAUCAGACAGCGGGAGGUUCAGUACCUGAUCGCUCCCAGUUUGAACCAGUGCAUGAGAACGCACCAGUCGGGUUGACAGGAUAAUCAUGGGCCUGACUGGAAAGAAGUGUGAGAAAGGGCCGGUGUGUUGGAGGAAACGGGUGAAAUCUGAGUAUAUGCGACUGAGACAACUCAAGAGGUUCAGAAGAGCCGAUGAGGUCAAGAGUAUGUUUAAUUCCAAUCGACAGAAGAUUUUUGAACGAACCGAUACCCUGAACCAGGAAUGGAAACUGCGCCGGAUCCAGCCUGUGCACAUCAUGACAUCUGUAAGCUCCUUACGUGGGACCAGAGAGUGUACUGUGGAGAGUGGAUUCUCCGAGUUUUCCAAGCAAGUCAUUCCUUUGAAGACGCUAAAUGCUGUUGCGUCUGUCCCCGUCAUGUACUCAUGGUCUCCCCUCCAGCAAAAUUUCAUGGUGGAAGAUGAGACUGUUUUGCACAACAUACCUUAUAUGGGAGAUGAAAUCCUUGACCAGGAUGGGACCUUCAUUGAGGAGCUCAUCAAAAACUAUGAUGGCAAGGUCCAUGGAGACAGAGAAUGUGGCUUCAUCAACGAUGAAAUAUUUGUGGAGCUGGUGAGUGCUCUCGGUCAGUACAGUGAUCAUGAAGAUGAGGAUGACGGGGAUGAGGAGAAUCACGAAUACAAGUUGGAAAAAAUGGAAAGUGCCGAUACAAAGGAUGAAAACGAUGACCUUCUGAGAGACCAGGAUCUUAGUGCAGAAGGUAACGAAAGUGAAAACUCCAAGAAGUUCCCAUCUGACAAGAUAUUCGAAGCAAUUUCAUCCAUGUUUCCAGACAAAGGAACAUCUGAGGAACUCAAAGAAAAGUACAAAGAACUGACAGAGCAGCAGCUUCCUGGGGCACUCCCUCCUGAGUGUACCCCGAACAUUGACGGACCAAAUGCUAAAUCUGUCCAGAGAGAGCAGAGCCUGCACUCCUUCCACACACUCUUCUGCAGACGCUGCUUCAAAUAUGACUGCUUCCUUCACCCGUUCCAUGCAACUCCCAACACGUACAUACGGAAGAAUAUGGAGAACUUGGUGGACAGUAAGCCUUGUGGUCUUGAUUGCUACAUGUAUCUUGUGCAGGAAGGGGCCAGGGAGUUUGCAGCAGCUCUUACAGCUGAGCGUGUCAAGACUCCUCCAAAGCGCCUUGUGGGACGUCGCAGAGGGAGGCUUCCCAAUAGCAGCAGCCGGCCAAGUACCCCAACUAUAAACACGUCUGAAGCCACAGACAGUGACAGAGAGGCUGGGGGUGAGCUGGGGGACGGUAUUGACAAGGAUGACGAUGACAAAAAGGAUGAAACAAGCUCCUCUGAAGCCAACUCGCGGUGCCAAACUCCAGUGAAGCUGAAGCUGAGCUCUGAACCUCCUGAGAAUGUGGACUGGAGUGGAGCUGACGCCUCUCUUUUCAGGGUCCUUAUUGGCACUUACUACGAUAACUUCUGUGCAAUAGCCAGGCUAAUUGGGACAAAAACAUGUAGACAGGUCUAUGAGUUUAGAGUAAAAGAGUCUAGUAUUAUUGCACGUGCACCUGCUGAAGAUGUAGACACUCCACCAAGAAAGAAGAAGAGGAAACACAGGUUGUGGGCCACUCACUGUAGGAAGAUCCAGCUUAAAAAAGAUGGCUCUUCAAACCAUGUGUAUAACUAUCAGCCAUGUGACCACCCUCGCCAGCCCUGCGACAGCUCCUGUCCCUGUGUCAUCGCUCAAAACUUCUGUGAGAAAUUCUGCCAGUGUAGCUCCGAAUGUCAGAACAGGUUUCCUGGCUGCCGCUGCAAGGCUCAGUGCAAUACAAAGCAGUGCCCCUGCUACCUGGCUGUGCGGGAGUGUGACCCAGACCUUUGCCUAACGUGCGGAGCAGCUGAGCACUGGGACAGCAAGAAUGUCUCCUGCAAGAACUGUAGCAUUCAGAGAGGGGCUAAAAAGCACUUGCUGCUUGCCCCAUCGGAUGUUGCAGGAUGGGGCAUUUUUAUCAAAGAGUCAGUGCAGAAGAAUGAGUUCAUCUCAGAGUACUGUGGAGAGAUCAUCUCCCAGGAUGAAGCAGACAGGCGGGGAAAAGUAUAUGACAAGUACAUGUGCAGCUUCUUAUUCAACUUGAACAAUGAUUUUGUUGUGGAUGCAACACGCAAGGGUAACAAGAUACGAUUUGCCAACCAUUCUGUUAACCCCAACUGCUAUGCAAAAGUUAUGAUGGUUAAUGGAGAUCACAGAAUAGGUAUAUUUGCGAAAAGAGCAAUCCAGACUGGUGAAGAACUCUUCUUUGACUACAGGUACAGCCAGGCUGAUGCUCUUAAGUAUGUGGGUAUCGAAAGAGAAAUGGAGAUUCCGUGAAUGCAUCUACCUCCUUGUGAACAAAUGCCUUAUGCUCUUCAGGAAUUUUUAGUACCAUGUGCAGUUUAAAAAAAGGUAUUUGAUGCAGCCAGACUUGUACGGUUUUGCAAGUAUCUGCUCUGAUAUUAAUUUAUAACAGUGACUUUGAAAUCAGCUUUUUACUGCCUUUUUUCCAUCCCCAAAACACCUGCAAGUUUUUGUAUCAAAUAAUCGUUUUUUUGUUCAAUACAGUACACCAAUGAGCUAUAAUUAUGGAACAGUUUAAUAAGAAAUAAAGGAUGAUAAUGAAUA